AUGAUGAUGACAACGAUAACGACGAUAAUGAAGUCCACUUCCUUUUUUCGUGUAUAUUUUUUCUCCCUUUUGUGUUUAUUUUUUAUUUCCAUUUUUACGCAUGAACAUGUGGAAUGUGCCAUAUGGGAGGGGAUAAGUGAUGAGGAGGUGAAGCAUGUGAAGCACUUGACGCAUGAUGUAGAGUUACAAAUAUACAGUCAACAUACAUCCAAUUGUAUAGCAUUAUUCUGUAAUAAUAAAGAAUUAAAAUGUAAAAAUGUGUACAAAGAAUUUGUUAAAGCUUCUAAUGAGUUGGUAGGAGAAGAUAUAAUUUUUGUAUAUGUGGACACAUUAACAUUAGAAAAAACAGCUGAUAAUUUUGAUAUAAAAUCAAUUCCAAAAAUAUUAACAUUUAGAGAUUUUGAUCCAGAAAAAGGAUAUACAUUUAGUAAACCAUAUACAAAAGAAAAUAUAAUUGAAUGGUUUAAAUUAUUACCGGUACCAUCAAUAGAAAUUAUGGAUGAAAAUAAUGUAGACAAAUAUGUAGACAUGCAAAAGAAAAAAGGAUAUGCUAGUAUUAUAGCAUAUUGUAUAAAGGGUUCUGAUAAUUUACAUAAAUUUGUGCAUUUUGGAGAAACACAUAAAUUGCAAAAUUUAUCUGUUGGUUUAGUUUAUGUAAAAAAGGAAGAAGAAACAAAAAUAGAUAUUUCAAAUGGACCAGGUGUUACUGUUCCAAAUGACCAAAUUAAAUAUAAAGAUACUUAUAAACCUGAUAAUAAUAUAUGGAGCUCAGAAGAAAUUUUAAAUUUUGCUAGUGAAUACAUGAAACAGUUUCCCAUUAUAAUUAAUUAUAGUAGGAAAAUAAUUAAACCCAUGCAAAAUGAUUUAUAUUUAUAUAUAUAUAUAUACCCUGGUGAAUAUUCAGAUGCUUUAUAUUCCCAGUUGUAUAGCGUUAUAAAAGCGAACCCUCAGGUUAAGUUUGUCUUUCCGAAGAGCGAAGAAAUUACCGACAUUUUGGGGAUAGAGACCCACGCAAACUUGUUGUGCAUUAUGGAUUACAGUAACGCGUCAAUGGAUAUACUUUACAGUUCCCUAAGACCAAAAAAAUAUAUUAAAGAGAUAGAUGGAAAUAUUAAAGUAGAUGACGUAUCAACAUUUUUGGAUGAUUUUUUUACCAAUAAAAUAACACAAUUUAAAAAAUCGCAGAAAGCUAUAAAAAGGAGGGAAAAACAAGAGUUCCAAAUAUUAUGUGGUAAUAAUUUUGAAUCUUUUGUUUUUGCUCCUGAAAAAAUAGUUUUAGUUUUUUAUCAUGUCGAGGGAUGUAAAGAAUGCACACCACUUUUCUCCUUUUGGAAUAGUGUAGCAAAUUAUUUUCAUUUGGAAUACAAAUACGAAGAUAUUUUAGUAGCUACAAUGGAUGCAAAAUUAAAUGAUAUGGUCGAUGAAACAAUAGACUUUUACCCAAGCGUAGCUAUAUACCCAAAAGGCGAAAAUAAAUUGAGGAGAAGGAAGUUCCUUUUAUUUCCUAUCAAGCUUGACACGUUAAUAGACAUAGUGGAUGAGCUCUUAGAGGACGUAACAGAAGACCUAUAA